AUGUUCGACGUCCAGCAAUUUCUGUCCCUUCCAAUUGAUACACGGCUUGAAGUUUACAAGCAAUUAAAUGGCCAUUUCACAUUAUUAGAUCCUUUGUCGUCGUCGUCGUCUGCCGUUUUAUUACCAUCAUCGAAGAUUGAAAACUAUAAUACAGAACAGUCAGAGCUUCAAAUUGAACGUUUUAGGGGUUAUAUAGCCCACUAUGAAUAUAUACCGUACUUUAUAAACAGUUGGGUACGGUAUUCUUCAUGGCUUCGUUAUGAUUGUGUGGUAUUAGACUACUUAAGAUUGAACCAUCAAUAUGAAUCUGGACUUACGAAGUUGCAUUGGAUAGAUUUGGAUGAUGGAGUAGCGCAUAUUGGAGUUUUUGAUAGCCGUGAUGAUAUGCUGCAGGUGUGGUAUAAUGUUGAGGAGUAUCGUCGUUGGGUUUUGUCUCCUCCGUUUGGAGCGGUACCAAGCUACAGAGGUGAUAUUGAUACCAUGAAUGAGGUAGAGAAGUCGUGGACAGCUAUGCAUCUGGAUACGGGUGUUGUAGGGGAGAUAAAAAAGCUUUUACUGGGCUUGGUGCGAAACCAGGAGCUGUUAGACUCUGUUAGAUCAGUGACCCUAACACAAGAGGAGUUCAUUGCACAAGAGCAAACUGGCGAUGUCAUUAACUAUGUGGUGUCGCAGUUGGAUGCAUUUAGGUACUUGAGGUGUGUUAAAAUCCGUUCCAAGUUGUUAUUCGGAAAGCUGGUUAACUUGAAGGGCAGUAGAGAUAACCCCGGAACCACCAUCGGGUAUAGCGUGCGUAAACGUAUACGUGAACUACACAUCACCGGGCUAUAUAACGGUAUUCCAACAUGCGAUCUUACAAAGUGGGAAAAUUGCGUCACGAUAAGACUACAGCACCUUACAGGGAUAGUUGAUUUGAACGGAUUUUUGAUGCCAAAAAACUUGCGCUGUUUGAUACUCAAGAAUGUUCAAAUUCUAAAGUGGUGGGAGUUUCAAGAAUUGGAAAAAAUGGUUCAAACAUCAGACAACAUAAUUAUAGAAAGGCAUGACUUAACUUCCUAUCAAGCUGGCAUGAAUCUAGAUGAGAAGAAUAAUGAAUGCAAUGCAGGGUUUGAACGUAGAAAAGUGCGACUUGUGAAUCGGUUGGUCAUUGAACAAGAGGUAUAUUUUAAAAUGGAAAAUUUACUAUUACCAAAAUUUCAGAACAUAAACCACCUUGUCUUACAAUAUGUGGGUCAAUUUAUAGGCAAAUUAGUAGUUCCUGGUAGGUUGUACCACAAUAGACGGCUUAAAACAUUUGCAUGUGGACCUGUUGAGCUAAUGGUAGUCUGA